UCCUCUGCCUCUGCCUCUGCCUCUGCCUCUGCUAGUGCGUGGCGUGGCGUGCAUGUCCUACGAGAGCGAGAGACUAGUUAGUGCGCAGAAAAGAGAGAGAGAGAAAGCAAGAGCCAAGAGGAGGAAAGGGAUGGCCGCCGAUGAUCCCUCCGUCGGAUUCUUCUCCGGGGUCUGGUCCCGCCUCCGCGCUGCUUGGCGCCGGACUGGAGCCGCACACCACCCCGCCGGGCCCGGAGACGACGACGAUGGUCAAAACGAGGAAACGGUGGUGCGUUCGCGCCUUGUCAGGCGAGCGGCGGCGGCUCGGAGGCUCGCCCACAAGCUCGCCUUCCUCUCCUUCAACCUCGAGGUCCUGGUGUUCGUUUAUGCUUUCUGGAGGGCCAGGAGGCGCAAUUUGAGCUGGAGGCAGCCCAUCCAAGCUCUGCCUGUUCUUGUCAUCCCUGCUCUAGCUACACUCAUCUAUGCCGCUUUCAUCCGCUUCACCAGAAGACUUGAUCUCAAGGACCAUAGAAGGCUUAAAAGGAUUCAGGAGCAGAAGCAGGCAAAUGAUGGUGAGCCAAGGAAGCCUAACCAGAACGACCUGAUCAGUGCACAGAAGCAGAACUGUGGCGAUGUAGAUGAUGCCAGUAAUUCUUUGCCGGCAACUGAUUCAAAUAGUACUUUUCUGCCAGCAACUCAUUCAGAGAACAGAACUUCUAAACCUAAGAAACGCCGCCAGCCAAGUAUUAGCUCAAGGGGUGAUGGUGAAGCAGACAUGUCUUGGGGUCAUAGUAAGGACUUCCAGCCGAUGCCCUUGGAUGGCCUACGGAAGAGGAGAUUCUCAAGUGAGAAAACAUAUAGAACAACAAGCAUUGCUACCGAAAGCAUCGAGGAAGAUACACAGAAUACAAUGUCAUCUAGUGUCGCAGGUUCCAUCUGCGGCAAGGAGUUUCCUGAAUUAAGUGAUUCCUCUAUAAGUCAAUCAAACAACAUAAAACCGAUUUGUGGCAGUUCAGCACCAUUGAUAGGGUAUCCUGGAAUCCUUCUGAGAGAUGGAAAUGAAGAAGUACCAGCUGCCUCCACACAUUUAGAUCAGCAAGGUGGUGCCCAUGAUCCUAUUGAAGAUACUGUUUUCUCUCCUCUGGAUUACAGGAACCAUUCUGGACCUGUUAUAUUUGUCAAGUUAACUGAACCUCCAACUAUUCAUCACGAAUCGCCUGUAGGAGGUGGUGAAGACAAAGUUUUUGAUAGAUUAUUGGACAUCGUGAACACUAAUUUCAGCUCCUGCAAGGAGAAUCUCAUAUGUCCAGUUAACUCUCAUGACAGUUCUUUUGAUAGAGGUGACUCAUGCUUAACUGAACAUGGGAUGUCAUCCUUAAUGACUGUCUUCAGAGAAAUGCCUGUCAAAGUCAGUGAGGAAAGCUCACCAUCUCAACCAGAAAAACUGGAAUCCUAUCCAGUUUCUAUUAAUGAACCUCCCGCUUCUCCAUCUGACUACAUUGUUGCUUAUGGUAGCUUAAAUGAUGUGAGCCAGGAUCCAUCUGAUCCAGUGCUAUCUGCAUUAGAAAACUUUGAACAGGUUCCUCCAGAGGGUGGCAAGGAGGACUCAUUGCUUGAGCCACACAAAUUGACAGCGCUGCAAACAGAUACUGUCACUCCAGAGAAGGUCCCUACUUCACAUGCCAUUGAUGACAAUGAAGUGAUAAUUAAUCCUGAUGAGGUUACCAAUGCACUUGCUUGCAUCUGUACUGAUGCAAACAUCAUUGCAGCUGUUGCAGACAUUGAUACAGGGGUCAGUCCUAGAUUGAACCUUCCAGCAUUUCAAGAGUCGCAUUGCGAGGAAUUUGAGGAUCCUGAGGUGAGAUUUUCAUCCUCUGCAGAGUUAGCGAUGAAGGGUGAUGAGGAUACCUGGGAAAAAGAACCAUGUGGAUUUAACGGGCAGGAAGGAAAUGAUGUAUUCAUCUGUUCAGAGGAGGAAGCUCUGCUGGGUCCGCUUGCAGUCAGUACCACUGAACAGUACAUGAAAACUUCAGGUUUCCCUUUAUGCUGUCAAGAUGCCAAUAUGAUGGAAAUUCCUAGGAUUGUUGCAGUUAAUCCCGAAUUGAACAACCCAACAUCUGGAGAGCUACUCACAGAUAGCGAUGAGGUCUCAAAGGAGGAAUUAUCGUAUGACUUGCACUUAAAGGAGCCGAACAGUCUACCUUUUGAUUUGGAGAAGGAAGAUUUUAUGGAUCCACCUGUAGUUGAUAUUUCUGAACACUCGUUAGCUACAUCCGAUUUUUUUUAUGCAAUGGAGUAGAGACAACCAUUACUGAAGCUCAUGAAG